ACCAGCGACUCCUACCUGAGAUACACCUGGACACCUCAGUGUGGCCACCACUCACUGCGCAUGCUCGACUCUCUCAGGGGACAGCACUGUCAUGGCGGAGACGAGCUACAGCAGGACGUGAAUCAGGAAGAGAUGGUGCUGAAGACGGGUUAACGCUGAUAGUUAAACUAGUCUGUUGGCAUUUACGGACAAUCCCGCGAUUGCUUAUCCUCUGACCGGCAUUGUGGGAGGGUGCGGUUGGACUUGCGCCUAAUCUCAGUUCCGUAGUUUUGCACCUACCCGUGCGCUUGUUUUACCUGUCUUGGGUCUUGUAAUAAUAUACUGCUGUUGCAAAAGAAAGUCACCGAGUUUUCUAAUUUGAUGUGCUUUCUUCAAGAAAAAAAAACCUAACGAUGAGAAAAUAUUAAGGUUGCCUACAAAGGAAACCAAAUCGAAACGUUUCUCUUUGCUGGAUUACUAAAUUAAAGCAAGAGGAUACAGUUUUUUCAUCUCUGCGGGCUCUUAAGUUUCACCUGCUGUUGAGCAGUUGCUCAAAGGCUGGCAGUAACUCGUAUGUCACAGUGUCAGACUUAACUCUACAGUAGCGCAUCUGCUGUACUAACUUCACAGGGGAAUGCACAACAUCUAUACGCGAGUGAAAUUUGCGUUUGAUGAAGAGGAAACGAAAACGGGCUCUUGUGCAUUUGUUUAGAGAGUAAAGCAUAAUCUACGUAGAGGGAUUUUACAGUUACCGCACAUCUAUUUGAGCUCUGCGGUUCCACGCCCUAGUCUUAACAGGUAUCUCACCUGUUGAAGCUACUUCUCCUUCGUUCGCGAUGGCUAGCGAGGAGAAACCGGCUGCUGGACUGCCUGCGGGGGAUACGGGUGGCAAAGACGAAGGAGCGGCCACCAUGCCGCUGAACCCCGGCAUCCCAAUUCGGGGGAUCAAAAUGAAAUUUGCCGUGCUUUCUGGCCUGGUGGAAGUUGGAGAAGUCUCAAACCGGGACAUCGUGGAGACAGUCUUCAAUCUGCUUGUAGGUGGCCAGUUUGAUCUGGAAAUGAAUUUCAUCAUUCAGGAAGUGGACAGCAUCACUUGCAUGGUGGAACUCCUAGAUAAGUGUGAUCAAACCUGCCAGGCUGAAGUAUGGAGCAUUUUCACCGCCAUUCUGAAGAAGAGCAUCCGCAACCUGCAGGCCUGCACGGAGAUGGGGCUCAUCGAGCAGGUCCUGAUGAGGAUCGAUAAAACUGACAGCAUGAUUGCGGAUUUGCUUGUUGAUAUGCUGGGAGUUUUGGCUAGCUACAGUAUAACUGUCAAGGAGCUGAAACUGUUCUUCAGCAAAUUGCAGGGAGAAAAAGGACAAUGGCCUCCGCAUGCUGUGAAGUUGCUGUCAGUUUUAAAGUAUAUGCCACAUAAAAAUGGUCCUGACUCCUUCUUCAGCUUUCCUGGGAAGAGUGCGGCGGCUAUAGCUCUGCCCCCUAUUGCCAAGUGGCCUUACCAGAAUGGCUUCACCUUCCACACCUGGCUGCGCAUGGAUCCCAUCAACAACAUCAACAUCGACAAGGACAAACCUUACUUAUACUGUUUUCGCACUAGUAAAGGACUGGGAUACUCUGCGCAUUUUGUUGGCGGCUGCUUGAUCGUGACUUCAUUAAAAUCCAAAGGGAAAGGAUUCCAGCACUGUGUGAAGUACGAUUUCAAACCACAAAAGUGGUACAUGGUGACAAUAGUGCACAUCUACAAUCGCUGGAAAAACAGUGAAAUCAGCUGCUACGUAAAUGGUGAACUUGCAUCAUAUGGGGACAUAACAUGGCUGGUUAAUACUAGUGAUACGUUUGACAAGUGUUUCCUGGGGUCGUCGGAGACUGCUGAUGCUAACCGAGUAUUCUGUGGUCAGAUGGGAGCAGUCUACCUCUUCAGCGAAGCCCUCAGCGCAGCCCAGAUACUUGCUAUUUAUCAGCUGGGUCCAGGAUACAAGGGCACUUUCAAGUACAAGGCAGAGAGUGACCUUCUGUUUGCUGAGCACCAUAAGAUGUUGCUCUACGAGGGGAAGCUGUCCAGUACCAUUGCAUUCAUGUACAACCCCAGAGCUACAGAUGCCCAACUUUGCCUGGAGUCUUCCCCCAAGGACAACCCCUCAAUUUUUGUGCAUUCGCCUCAUGCCCUUAUGCUGCAGGAUGUCAAAGCAGUGGUCACACAUUCAGUUCAGAGUGCGAUCCAUUCCAUUGGAGGAGUGCAGGUUCUUUUCCCUCUGUUUGCACAGCUCGACUACCUCCAGCACGGUAGCGAGGAAGUGGACACCACAGUCUGCUGCACUCUGCUGUCAUUUGUCAUGGAGCUGCUGAAGAACUCUGUGGCCAUGCAAGAACAAGUCCUUGCCUCCAAGGGAUUUCUAGUAAUUGGGUACAGUUUGGAGAAGGCUUCCAAAGCUCAUGCCACCCGACCUGUGCUGGAGUUAUUCUUGGCCUUUGCCAGGUACUUGAGUAACUUACAGAAUGGUGUCCUCUUGCUAAAACAGCUAUGUGAUCACAUCCUGUUCAACCCUGCUAUCUGGAUACAUGCUCCUGCUAAGGUGCAGCUGACACUGUACACCUAUCUCUCCACUGAGUUCAUCAGCACUGUCACCAUCUACAACGCAAUCCGCAGAGUCGGGACCGUCCUGCAGAUUAUGCAUACUCUGAAGUACUACUACUGGGUUGUGAAUCCACAAGACCGCAGUGGAGUCACACCUAAAGGCUUGGAUGGACCGAGACCCAGCCAGAAGGAGAUCCUUUCUUUGCGAGCAUUCCUGUUGUUGUUUGUCAAACAGUUAAUAAUGAAGGAUUAUGGAGUGAAGGAAGAUGAACUCCAGAGUAUUCUCAACUACCUUCUUACAAUGCAUGAGGAUGACAAUUUAAUGGAUGUGCUGCAGCUGUUGGUUGCCUUGAUGGCAGAGCAUCCUGGCUCCAUGGUCCCUGCCUUUGAUCAGCGCAAUGGAAUACGAGUCAUUUAUAAACUGCUUGCAUCCAAAAGCGAAGGAAUUCGAGUACAGGCUUUGAAAGUCACGGGCUACUUUCUAAAGCAUUUGGGUCCUAAGAGAAAGGCAGAAAUUAUGCUGGGACAUGGUCUAUUUUCACUCCUCUCAGAACGUCUGAUGCUCCAAACAAACUUAUUCACCAUGACUACGUACAAUGUUCUCUUUGAGAUCCUCACAGAGCAGAUCUGUACACAGGUCAUGCACAAACAGCAUCCGGACCCGGACUCUUCAGUAAAGAUCCUGAACCCACAGAUCCUGAAGGUAAUAGCUGCAUUGCUGAAGAAUUCCCCCCAGUGUGCAGAGAGCAUGGAUGUGCGCAGAGUCUUCUUAUCCGACAUGAUCAAAAUUUUCAAUAACAGCCGAGACAACAGGCGGAGCUUGCUGCAGUGCUCCGUGUGGCAGGAGUGGAUGCUCUCCCUCUGUUACAUCAAUCCCCAGAACUCGGAAGAGCAGAAGAUAACCGAAAUGGUCUACGCCAUCUUCCGGAUCCUCCUCUACCACGCCAUCAAGUACGAGUGGGGAGGCUGGCGUGUCUGGGUGGAUACUCUAUCCAUCACUCACUCCAAGGUUACUUUUGAGCAUCACAAAGAGAACCUGGCGCGGAUGUUCAGGGAGUACCAAAGACAGGGGGAGGAAGAUGUAGGACAGGGCCCCAUUAGAACCGUCUCCGGGGCCAGCAGUGAAGCAGACGUCCUGAUCAGCGGUGAAGAAAGGAGCAUUCUGAAUAUUCCUGAAGACUCUGGGCAGCAGAAUCUGGAGGAAAUGGCUCCCUCUACUGUGAUUGAUCUUAGAAUUGAAGAUAGAGAGGGUGCUGAUGCUUCUCUUCAACCUUGUGCUACUGAAGAAACGGGCAAAACUGAAGUGCCCAUCAUUGGGGAAGAGGCACAGGAUGGCAAGGAGGCAGUCAGUCAACCCCCUAACGAAGCUCCUUUGGACCAAGGGCCCAAGAUCUCUUCCCUGGAAUUCAAAUGUCCUGCGGAAGUCACACUCAAAGACCAAUUAGAAACAAAAGCUGAAGACAAUAAUGAAACUACUGCUGAAGAUGUUUCCAGGGAUGAAGCUAAAGCUGAAAGACAGCAUGAAAACAAGGACGGACCCUUAGCCGAACACACUACAUGCAGUGAACCUGCAGAUGCUCAGAGAAAUGAAGUUGCAGCAAGAGACGCAGCCAAAGAUGAAGCCCACUCAGUUGAAGCAUUUGUAGAGCAAAUUUCUUCCGAGGCCUCUGCAAGACUGGAAGCCAAAUUUGCAGAAUCUGGUGGCUCAAUCCGCACUAAAGAAUUUACUGAGGGGUUAUCUGUAAGUGACCAAAAUAAGCCCAGUGAUGAAAGCCUAGAAGACUCUCCCACACCUUUGUCAGCUGCAAAAACAGGGGAGGACAAACAAGAAGUUAAGAAGGAGGCAAAAGCAGAUGUAGGCAAUGAAGAGGAGCCUCAACCCGAGGAGGAGAAGAAGGCAGAUGGAGAUCUGACAGAGGAGGAGCCUGUUUCAGAAGCAGCAGGAACUAUGGUUUUGGAGAACCUGGAGAGAUCACAGUCAGGAGGUGCUCCGUCUGAUGAGACAUCCAGUGGUGAAGCAGCAGAAACCAGCAGAGAUGCCUAUAAAGAGAGUGCUGAGAGCUCCAGCAACAGCACAACCAAGACCAAAGAGAUUAAGAUUGCUAGGCUGGAUGUUUCCAGUGUGGCAUCUGACACAGAAAGGCUGACGCUGAAAGAACAACCAUCACUGGAUUCGAGUCAAGGCCCGUCCGCCGCAGCUGGAUCUGCAGGGCCGGGCAGAGAGGGCUCCUCUUCGGGAAGGUCCACCAUGUUCCGCAUUCCCGAGUUCAUGUGGUCUCACAUGCACCAACGCCUGCUCACAGACCUGCUGUUCUCAAUCGAGACUGACGUGCAGAUGUGGAGGAGUCAUUCCACCAAGACGGUGAUGGACUUUGUGAACAGCAGUGAGAAUGUCAUCUUUGUGCACAACACUGUCCACCUGAUUUCCCAGGUCGUCGACAACAUCAUCAUGGCUUGUGGUGGGAUCCUACCUCUGCUCUCUGCUGCCACCUCUUCCACUCACGAACUGGAGAAUAUCGAGCCGUCGCAGGGUCUUUCCGUUGAGGCUUCAGUAACCUUCCUCCAGAGACUGAUUAGCCUUGUAGAUGUGCUGAUUUUCGCCAGCUCUCUCAGCUUCACCGAGAUCGAGGCGGAAAAGAACAUGUCUUCAGGGGGGAUUCUGAGACAGUGCCUUAGACUGGUGUGUGCUAUGGCUGUCCGAAACUGUUUGGAAUGUCAGCAGCACUCUCGCUUCAAACCAGGCAUGGAAAAUGCCAGGGGACAGAAAGCUAUGCAAAGCCUCAUGGGAACUGGAAAAUCUGUCCCAGCACAGAGUCCUGUUGAUGUGGUAACAGGAGGGAUUUCCCCAGUAAGGGAUCUUGAUCGCCUCCUACAGGACAUGGAUAUAAACCGUCUCCGAGCUGUGGUCUUCAGAGACAUUGAGGACAGCAAGCAGGCGCAGUUCCUAGCCCUGGCUGUGGUGUACUUCAUUUCAGUCCUCAUGGUUUCGAAGUACAGGGACAUUUUGGAACCACAGAAUGAGAGAAAACAUCCUCAGCGCAGUCAGUCGGUGAAGUCUUCUCAGAGUGGUGGAGAUGCUGCAGCUGCAGAAACGGACAAGUGUGCUGCCGGCGUUGACCUUGAAAACGGGGCCGCUUCCCGCCGGAGAGAUUCUGGGAUCGGAGAAGAGCAGGCUUCCGCUGCAGCUGGCGAGAUGGAGCGCGGGCCCGCUGCCGGGGCUGAAGGGGACGCUUCGGGGCCAGACGCUAUCAGCGAGGUGCUCUCGACGCUUUCCUCCGAGGUGAAGAAGAGCCAGGACGCCGCCGAGCAAGAGAGUAAGGCCUCCUCCUCAAUGGCUUCAGCCACUUCGGGGAAGAAUGUCAACGUGAAGGACAUUCUGCGCAGUCUGGUGAGCACACCAGCAGAAGAUCUCAUUGUGGACCCCAACCUCAUCCCUCCAGGAUUCCUGGGGGCUGUUGUAGAUGGCAGCAAGGACCAGUCUGUGCAGUUCCGCUCCUUUGACAGAAGUGUUGUGGUAGCUCCCAAAAAGGCUGCUGCAGCCCCAGCUGGAGCUACAGGCACCAUCUCUCCUGCCACCCCUGCCCCUGCCACUGCAAGCGGGACACCCGUCAGCGACGUCAGUGUGGUCUCCGCUGGCAACGCCUCCCACAGUGCUGAAGCCGAGAACUCCGCCGGAAGUGGAUCUGCAAGUGCAAAUCUUCCAUCUGUUCCCACACUGUCCCCAAUGACUCAGGAAUCUGUUUCAAAUAUGAGCAUCUCUGAAAGGCUUGAACAUGCUUUGGAAAAGGCAGCACCUCUCCUAAGGGAGAUUUUUGUGGACUUUGCUCCUUUUCUUUCUCGUACCCUUCUAGGCAGCCAUGGUCAAGAGCUGCUUAUAGAAGGUACAAGUUUGGUCUGCAUGAAGUCGAGCAGUUCGGUGGUGGAGCUGGUUAUGCUGCUGUGUUCUCAGGAAUGGCAAAACUCCAUCCAAAAGAAUGCUGGACUGGCCUUUAUUGAGCUCGUCAACGAGGGGAGGUUGCUGAGUCACACAAUGAAAGAUCACCUGGUGAGAGUGGCCAAUGAGGCAGAGUUCAUCCUGAGCAGACAGAGGGCUGAGGACAUACACAAGCAUGCCGAAUUUGAGUCACUGUGUGCCCAGUAUGCUGCAGAGAAGCGAGAUGAAGAGAAGAUGUGUGAUCAUUUAAUAAGAGCAGCCAAAUAUCGGGACCAUGUGACAGCGACCCAGCUGAUCCAGAAGAUCAUCAACAUCCUGACGGACAAGCACGGGGCCUGGGGAAACUCCUCUCUCAGUCGUCCCCGUGAGUUCUGGCGCCUUGACUACUGGGAGGAUGACUUGCGGCGCCGGCGACGCCUUGUGCGGAACCCCUUUGGAUCCACACACUCCGAAGCCACACUGAAGGCGGCGGCAGAGCACGCUCCAGAGGAAGACGUCCUCGUGAAAGGCAAACAGUCCAUCAGAAGCCAGGCUUUGGGAAAUCAGAAUUCUGAGAGUGACACGCUCUUGGACGGGGAUGAUGACACCCUUUCAUCCAUAGAGGAAAAGGAGUUGGAAAACCUAACAGGUCCUGUAAACCUCAGCACCGCGGCCCAGCUUGUUGCUCCCGCUGCAGUGGUUAGAGGUACCUUAUCCAUCACGGCCUCUGAACUUUACUUCGAGGUGGAUGAAGACGAGCCCAGCUUUAAGAAAAUCGAUUCAAAGAUUCUCGCCUAUACUGAGGGACUCCAUGGUAAAUGGCUCUUCACAGAGAUCCGAGCCAUCUUCUCAAGGCGCUACCUGCUCCAGAACACAGCCCUGGAAAUAUUCAUGGCCAACAGAACUGCUGUCAUGUUCAACUUCCCAGACCAGGCUACAGUCAAAAAGGUUGUCCACUGUCUGCCACGUGUCGGUGUCGGAACGAAUUUUGGGCUACCACAGACCAGGCGUAUCUCUCUGGCCAGCCCAAAGCAGCUCUAUAAAGCCUCCAACAUGACGCAGCGCUGGCAGCGAAGGGAGAUUUCCAACUUUGAGUAUCUCAUGUUUCUCAAUACUAUAUCUGGCCGGACUUACAAUGACUUAAAUCAGUACCCUGUUUUCCCGUGGGUUAUCACCAAUUAUGAUUCAGAAGAACUGGAUCUGACACUGCCCAGCAACUUCAGAGAUCUAUCCAAGCCUGUCGGUGCUCUCAACCCCAAGAGGGCAGCUUUCUUCUCUGAGCGCUUUGAAUCCUGGGAGGAUGAGCAAGUCCCGAAGUUCCACUAUGGUACCCACUACUCCACCUCCAGCUUCACCCUCAUGUGGCUGCUUAGAAUUGAGCCUUUCACCACAUUUUUCUUGAACCUGCAAGGAGGGAAGUUUGACCAUGCAGACAGGACUUUCUCUUCAGUCUCCAGAGCUUGGAGAAACUGCCAGAGAGACACCUCAGAUGUUAAGGAGUUGAUCCCUGAAUUUUAUUAUCUUCCAGAGAUGUUUGUCAACUCCAAUAAUUACAAUCUGGGAGUGAUGGAUGAUGGGACGGUGGUGUCUGAUGUCGAACUUCCACCAUGGGCUAAAACCCCAGAAGAGUUUGUUCGCAUAAAUAGGCUGGCCCUUGAGAGUGAGUUUGUUUCCUGUCAGCUUCACCAGUGGAUAGACCUGAUAUUCGGGUACAAGCAACAAGGGCCAGAGGCUGUACGUGCCCUUAAUGUCUUCUACUAUCUGACGUAUGAAGGUGCAGUCAACUUGAGCUCCAUCACUGACCCAAUGCUGAGAGAGGCUGUGGAGGCUCAAAUACGAAGCUUUGGACAGACCCCAUGUCAGCUGCUAAUCGAGCCACACCCCCCAAGGAGUUCUGCCAUGCAGGUGUAUCUCCUCCUGCAGACCCCUCUGAUGUUCACUGAGCAAAUGCAGCAGGAUGUCAUCAUGGUGCUGAAGUUUCCGUCCAACUCGCCCGUGGCUCACGUGGCCGCCAACACCCAGCCUGGCCUGUCGGGGUCUGCCAUCAUCACUGUGACGGCCAACAGGCUCUUCGCGGUCAACAAGUGGCACGGGCUCACGGGCCAUCAAGGCUCUGUCCAAGAACAACCGUACCAGCUGCCUGUGGAAAUCGAUCCUCUGAUAGCCAGCAAUGUGGGCACCCACCGCCGACAGAUCACUGACCUCCUGGACCAAAGCAUUCAGAUCCAUUCCCAGUGUUUUGUGAUCACAGCCGACAACCGCUUCAUCCUGGUCUGCGGCUUCUGGGACAAGAGCUUCCGCGUCUAUUCCACCGACUCAGGUAAACUGACUCAGAUCGUCUUCGGGCAUCGUGAUGUGGUAACGUGUUUAGCGAGGUCUGAAUCCUACAUCGGUGGAGACUGCUAUGUCCUGUCAGGGUCCAGAGACGCCACCCUUCUGCUCUGGUAUUGGAAUGGCAAGAAUAGCAGCAUCGGAGAGAACCCAGGCACAGAGUUUGUCACUCCUAGAGCCAUACUGACAGGACAUGACUGCGAGAUCACCUGUGCCACAGUGUGUGCAGAGCUAGGCCUCGUCAUCAGUGGCUCCAAAGAGGGCCCUUGCCUGAUACAUUCCAUGAAUGGCGAUCUCUUGCGAACGCUGGAGGGCCCCACAAGCUGCAUGCGGCCCAGGCUCCUGCAGGCGUCCACAGAAGGGCACUGUGUGGUGUAUUAUGACAAAGGACACUUCUGUGUCUUCAGCGUGAAUGGGAAGCUGCUGGGCCACAUGGAAGUGGAAGAAAACAUAAAGGCUAUCCAGCUAAGUCGCGAUGGACAGUACCUCCUGUCAGGUGGGGAAGGCGGAGUGCUCACUGUCUGGCAGAUUCAUGACCUCAAACAACUCUUCACCUACCCAGGCUGUGAUGCUGGGAUCAGGUCAAUGGCCAUGUCACAUGACCAAAGGUGCAUAAUUACUGGCAUGGCAUCUGGAAGUAUAGUACUGUUUUACAAUGAUUUUAAUAGAUGGCACCACGAAUAUCAGACUAGAUACUGAAGGAAAACCUCAAGGAUCAGGAGUAGCUCUAAACAAUUGCUGUGUGAAUAAGUGUGCACAUCAAUUUGCAAUCCUGCCAUGUUAAUAAAGGCACUACUCUAUAUACAUUUUCCUGAAUGUAACUUACAAACUGUCAAAAGAAGCAACCUAUUUUUAAAUGGUUAAUGCUAUAUUUUGUAGAUCCUAUUGAAUUUCAUAAUACAAAUCUUAGGACUGGGUUCUAUAGGUAUGAAAAAGUCUAUUUUUUAGCUGUAAAAGUCUAUUUUGAUCUCUGUGUAAGACAAAUAAGGGUUUGAUUGGUCAAUAGUUAAUUAUAUUUGCAUUGGUUGUCUUUAGAAAUUGCUUAUAUUUGCUUACUUGGGGAAAUGGGUUCAAAAUAUGUGAUAUGGAAAAAAAAAACUUGAGUUUGUGUUUGAUCACAUUUUUCUUAAGCGUUGUGCUACCUUGUCAUACUUUACUGCCACUGAAGAUGCCUGGAUAAGAGCAAUAUUCUGUUCUGAGAUGGUUUUGAUAAACUCUCUGUUCAUUAAGAUAUCAGACUAAGCACUGUUAGACUGCCACAAAAAGGCAAAUGAUAAUGGAUUUCUUAUUUUUACUUAUCUUUUUAUGCUCAAAAAUUUAAAAAUUCCUCUUUUUUAAAACAGCAUAUAUAUAUCUUACAUUUGUAUGCAUGAUUUGUACUGCAGAUAACAGAUGUCAAGUAUCAACAUAAGUAUCGUUACUUCUAAAAUAAAAAUAGGAGACAAGGCCUAGUACUGUAGCACUAAGAGCUUAUGUGGUCAUAAAGAAUUCAAUGGCAGUUAAUGGAUUCUCUUUUUCAAAAGGGGUAUUUUUAAAUCUCAAAAUUAUUUUAGGGGAAAAAUUAAUAACGUUAAAUAUUUUGCACAGUAAAAUCACAUUCUUGUAAAUUCAGGUGACUAGUUUAUAUAAAGGAUUAGUCAUCCUGUAAACUGAGAGCCGGUCUUGGCAUAACAGUAUCAUCCAGUCGGCACCAGCUCUUCACAGUGUUCAGUGUUACCAGUGUACCACUGAGUUCACAGCCAUGGGUCUCCUUGGAAAGAUUCAGCAUUAGUCUGAAUAAGCAAAGACAUACUGUAUCAGAGGGGAGCCUGUUACCUUUUUUCUGCAAUGCUUGUGGUUAAAAACAAAUAUGCAUAUAUAAAAGUUUGUGAAAGAUGUGCAUCAACUUUGGUCUGUCUAUAUCCCAUAAUGUGUGCAUUCAUUAAUGUUGUCAAAAUACAACUGAUAAACAUUCCAUAUCAGUUUAUUCUUUUUGUAAAAUCUUGUUUGACCAGUGUGGGGAAAAAAAACCUGGUUAUUAAUGCAACUCCAAGACUACUGUAUUUUUAUGUAUCACUGAAUAUUUUGGUAAUUGAUUUGGAAUGAGGUCUUUUGAUGUGUGAUGAGUUUAAACAAUAAAAAGGAUUUGUAACUGAAAAAUA